UUACUCGUGAUGAAAACUGCUUUCAGCUUUAGACAUAACAAUGUCAAAUGGCAAAUGUCAACAAUCCAGUGCGCGCAGUGUGAAACACCUUGUUGAUGGAUGUCUUGAAGUCUACAGUUUAUCGACACUGACCUUAUAGUCGUGACGGGGUAUUCUACGACUGCAGUUUUCACUACGACACAAGCUGCAUAUUUGGAACUACUGUGGAAUGGCUAAGGUUGCUCUAAUGGAUUUGUGCAUUUUGUUUCUUGUUGGACUAUCAGCAGCUUAUGCGAAUGGUUUUCCUCCUCUGCGGGAAGAUGAGACUCAGGAGAGUGAGAUUGAUGCCGUGCAGCCAAGCGUACCUUCCAGGAGCUCAGCGGUGAAGUCCAUGACAUCUCCAGGGCCCACCGAUGCCGGGGGGCCCACGUGCCUCCCGUGUCAACUGUCAGGGCCCAAGAGGCGAGCCAAGCGGUGUACGUGUUACUCAUACAAAGACAAGGAGUGCGUGUAUUACUGCCACUUGGACAUCAUCUGGAUCAACACGCCAGAACGGACCGUGCCGUACGGCAUGUCCAGCUACAGGGGCUCCCAGCGGGUGCGGCGCUCAGCUGUGACCUCCGACCCCUCGCACGCAAGCUCGCUGCGCUGCACGUGUGCACAGCGGCAGGACUCUGAGUGCACAGCCUUCUGCAAGGGAAGGGGAGGUUCUCCAUGAUAUUCGAAACUACCCAGGCAACCAGACAUUUGGAACUACCCAGGCAGACCUCUCUGUCUUCACACCUGGAAGUUGACCUCUGCAAGCAUUUGUCUCUUCCCUUUAAAGACUUUCCAGUGGUGUUCCUUUUACCAAGAGAGAGAUACUUAAAGACUCCGUAGAAUGCUCUGGACAGCCCACUCAAAGGAAGACUGAUUGGAUAUUGGUGGCUUUUUGAGAGUGCGUGGUGGUAGACACCACUUCAGGAACCUGCCUGACCCUACGGACACUUACAAAGGACUGACUAAUGGCACAGCUGUCAGCAGAUCAGGAGAUGAGGAGAGGGUAGCUUCAAGAAUGAAAUCAAUUUUGUCUUCAACAAGCUGGAGGUGCGUGGGUUCAGAAACCAAAGAAAAGCCGACAUCGGAGCGAUGUGUGUAGUAAUAAGACAGUUCUGGGGUGAAGUCCGGAAAUAAGCGGCAAAUGUCACUGACAUAUAUGACUCUUGUUGGUAAAGUGACAUUGUAGUAUGGAUUCCAAGACUGAAUAAGAAAGAGAAUUAUACAGUCAUACGCAAUGAUGUCUCUCUCUCAAAAUAACUGGUGUCUGCCAUCUCCCACACUUGUUUUGCAUUUUAGUUCAGGUAGGACUGUCAGUUUGAUGUUACUAUGUCUUAUAUUUUUAUACUAAUGUAAAAAUGUGCAAAGCAUGAGUUUAUAUUAUUUUAAUUCAGUAUACUGUAUAGCUAUAUAUUACGCUGGAUUGUUUGGGUAUGUUCUGUCCCAGUCAACCCCUCUCCCUCUUCAAGAAGUGAGUUUUGUCAGAAUGCUAUUUUAAAGGGAAAGUACCGGUACAUGUAGAUCUCUUUAUUUGACAAAAGGAAGCCUUGCUUUCUAGCCUUACAGUACUUCUUCGCCGUACGUACAUCGUCUUUAUUUGAUAUUACCAGCAUCAUUUGCCUGCAGUGAUUUACUCAAUUCCUAAUGAAAGUCUGAAAAAAACUGUUAUGACUAUGACAGAAAUACCUACGGAAUGCAUGCAGCCUAUCUAAAAUAUAAUUCCAAACAGGUCCCUGUAAGUCUGCAAAACUCACCUCUCAUUCAAACUUAUAGAGAUAGAUAUAUUUCUGUAAAAAUCAAACCUUUGAGUUUGUGUCUUAAUUACACAUCAUCUUUCAUAUAAACAUGCAGAAUGCACUGUAAUUUGUUAUAAAGGGGCGUUUUCAUACAAGCACAUAGAGUACACAAACACACACACACACACACACACACACACAGUCUCAUUUACUUACUCACUCACUAACUCACACGCACAUGCACAGACUGGCACACACACACACACACACACACACACUCAUACACACGCACACACACAUGCGCGCGUGCGCACACACACACACACACACACACACAGUGCACAGUGCAGGGUUUAUUUUUCGCAUGACUUUGCACAUACUCACUUGAUAAAAAUCUAUUGUAAUAGUGAGUAACGCAAGGCAACUGAGUCAACAAACACAGAAAAAAGGAAAUAAUUUUAACUUGGUUUGGGUUUCUUCUCUCUGUUCUAGUGCCAUCCGCAGUAAUCCCUGUUUGUAAGACCAGGGACUGACCCUCCUCAGAGCCAAAUAUUUAUUUUUUUACGAGUUGAGGACAGACAUAAUCCAAAACACACAACCGAUUGACAAUGUUGCAGAACUGUGAUGAUAAUCAAAAUGUUGUGCCAGUAACGAAACAAAAAGUGGUCAUGAUUUUAG